AUGAUUGGGUUCGAAGACAAGAUCCGUUCGGCGUCGCAGGAUGAUCUGCAGUGGAACGAAUGCUUCGGCGAGCCAGGAGAUCUCGUAUUACCACUCACGCGCGGUAUCUCCGGCACUGUUAUGGCGAUGGUUGAUGGGAAAGAAGAAAAGAAAAAUUCCCACCUGCUUGUAAACCCCACCAAGCGGCAGCUUCCAGUAAUGGGACGACACUCCCAAUAG